AUGCCACCGUUGCCCAAAUCGUUCCAUACGUCGUAUCCUGAUGCUGACUCUGCCAUAGAUCGAAGAAUUCCGGAUUUCCCCAUAGCGCAGCUUCUGGAUGAAGAUGUUUACUUCAAUACUCAUAAACCUCCCACGUACUUGGGAGAGAUAGAAGCGGAAAUCUCAGAGUUUAUCGAUUACCAUAUCAAGAAUACAGGGAAGAAAGUAGUCUUGGUCACCAGUGGAGGUACUACUGUGCCAUUGGAGAAUAAUACGGUGAGAUUCAUCGAUAACUUCAGUGCUGGUACGAGAGGUGCAACAUCUGCAGAAUACUUUUUGGAACUCGGUUAUGCUGUUGUCUUUUUGCAUAGAGAAUUCAGUUUACUUCCAUAUUCAAGACAUUAUAGCCAUACUACCAAUUGCUUUCUUGACUAUAUGACGGAAGCCAAUAACAGAGUUGAAAUCAACCCCAACUUUGCCGAUGAAAUGCUAGUAGUGCUUCGAAAGUAUAAUGCAGCUAAGGAAUCCAACUCCCUUUUAUUGGUGCCCUUCACUACUGUCAAUCAAUAUUUGUAUACCUUGAAAACCAUAUCGGGUGUUUUAUCUAAAUUAGAAUCAAGAGCCCUUUUUUUCCUUGCUGCUGCCGUGUCUGAUUUCUUUUUACCCCAUUCAAGAAUGCCAGAACAUAAGAUCCAAAGCCAAACAUCAGGAACUUUGAUUGUCAAUUUAGAGCAAGUUCCAAAGUUUUUAAGUAGAUUGGUGGAUAAUUGGGCUCCUACUGCUAUGAUUGUGUCGUUUAAAUUGGAGACUGAUAGUCUGAUAUUGAUCAAGAAGGCUAUAGGUGCUUUGGAAAGAUACCAGCAUCAAUUGGUUAUAGGAAACUUACUUCAAACUAGAAAGAAAGAAGUGGUAUUUGUUACACUUAAGGACGAAAAUUGGGUACGGUUGACCGAAGAACAAAUUGGGAAAAAUGUUGAAAUUGAAAGCAUAAUGAUUCCCAAGGUUAUUGAGGCCCAUGAUCAGUGGAUAAAAAGUAAACAAAAUAAUUAG